AGAAGGCGUUGGAGCCUCCAGCGUUCUCCUACGCACCAAAAAGCCGUCGCGGGCUCCUCUCCUCUCCUCCGUCCCUUGUCCAACUCCAAACCCUCCUUCCUUACUUCUCUCCUCCCAAUGCAUCCCUCCGAUCCCCAGAUCCUCUUGCUCUCCUCUGCCGAUCGCCGUCGGUAGCUCCCGUUUUUGAUCCGAUGGCCGCCGGGAUGGAUCUGGCCCACGGAGUUCUCAGAUUGCUCGUCUUCAUUGCCUUGAUCUCGUUAUGCGUGAGGGUUCGCGUCGCCGCGAGGCCGGACAAGGAAACCAGAGAGAAAUUCUACGGAGAGCUCGCCAAGGGGGCGUCGCACAACAGCUCCGGGAAGGGAAGCUUCGCCGAUAUUUUCGAUCGCGUGCUCGAUAAGGAGUUCUCGGACACUGAUGAUGCGUCCGAAGGAACUGAUAAAAGCAGCUUCAAUAACAGUGUUGCAGAAAAUCAAGCUGUUUUGGAGACUGUAGCUAUUAUCACUCAUGACAAGGCAAAGAAAAAUGAUACUCUGGAAAAUGAGGGUUCUGAUGACAUGACAACCUUGAUAGACAGAAAGGACAAUGUAUUUGUGAUGUCGAAUCGAAAAUCAAAAUAUCCAGUGCUUCAAGUAGAUUUAAGGUUGAUUUCAGAUCUAGUGGUUGUGAUUGUUUCAGCUACCAUUGGUGGCAUUACCUUUUCCUGCUUGGGACAGCCAGUCAUUGUUGGUUAUCUUCUUGCGGGAUCUCUAAUUGGUCCAGGUGGCCUGAACUUCAUUAGUGAAAUGGUGCAGGUUGAAACUGUUGCACAGUUUGGUGUGGUCUUUCUCCUUUUCGCAUUGGGCCUCGAGUUUUCCUUGACAAAAUUAAAAGUUGUUGGGACUGUUGCCGUUCUGGGAGGGCUACUUCAAAUAAUUAUUUUUAUGUUCCUAUGUGGCCUAACUGCGAUGAUAUGUGGAGCAAAAUUAUCUGAGGGCAUUUUUGUUGGUUCCUUCCUAUCAAUGUCAUCUACUGCAGUGGUUUCAAAGUUUUUAGUGGAAAAAAAUAGCACAAAUGCUCUUCAUGGUCAAGUUACAAUUGCGACUCUUAUUCUUCAGGACUGUGCAGUGGGUUUACUCUUUGCGCUUCUUCCAGUUUUGGGUGGUAACAGUGGCCUUUUCAGAGGAAUAAUGUCAGUGUCAAAGAUGUUGCUGGUGUUGUCCAUAUUCAUGACUGCUGCCUCCAUAUUGUCAUGGUCUUUUGUUCCUCGCUUCUUGAAGCUUAUGAUUCAGUUGUCAUCUCAAACAAAUGAGCUCUAUCAGUUAGCCUCAGUCGCUUUUUGCUUAUUACUAGCUUGGUGCAGUGAUAAGUUAGGCCUCAGUCUUGAGUUGGGUUCAUUUGUUGCCGGAGUCAUGGUAUCCACCACUGACUUUGCACAGCAUACUUUGGAACAGGUGGAAGCAAUCCGUAACCUCUUUGCAGCGCUCUUCCUUGCUAGCAUUGGCAUGCUCAUACAUGUACACUUUCUGUGGAACCAUGUUGAUAUAUUGCUUGCAUCUGUCAUCUUGGUUGUGGUAAUUAAAACAGUUGUGGUAACUAUGGUGAUCAAAGCCUUUGGAUACAACACCAGAACAUCAUUUCUUGUGGGUUUGUCGUUAGCUCAAAUUGGUGAAUUUGCAUUUGUUCUCUUGAGUCGUGCCUCAAAUCUUCAUCUUGUCGAGGGGAAAAUGUAUCUUUUGCUUCUGGGAACGACAGCUCUUAGUUUGGUAACCACUCCUCUAAUGUUCAAACUGAUACCUGCUAUAAUGCAUCUCGGCAUUCUCAUGCACUGGUUUCCUGCAGAGAGCAACAUGCAGAAUGAGGAUAAAGCCACCAUGCUUGAAGCGUACGACAGAGCAGUCUGAUAUCAGCUUCAUGCAUCUCUGAUUCAAUUGAAGCCCUUAUGAAUAUCUGAUUCUCCAAGCAGCAAUUUCACACACCAGGAAUAUUGACUUCCUCGUGGAUUCUAGGAAAUUCUUUCAAGUGAUAGGUAUUGAAAGUCCAAGCGCCUGAUGAAUCUAAGCAUGGCAAUUGUAAACUAGAAUUAGCUGCGACAUGUUUGAAUUGUAAAUAUGCCAAAUGGAUUUGACAAUAUAAAACUCUUGUAGUAAAGUAAUAGUUUGAAAUUUUGUUUAAAUUGGUUCGGGAGGCAUUUACAAGGGAAAUAUGGGUUUUUGUCCAUUGUGAGGGAACAUGGUAUAUCAAGCCAUCAAACUCAUGGUGUUCUUGGCAUGAGAUGAACGAGUGAUGAUCUUGAAUGUCAUUUUCAGACAACAAUUUAAUAAAAGAGCGAAGCCUCAGUUGAUGUAGUA